AUGAUUGACGACAUUGUCUACCUCUACGGCGGCGACCAGCCCUGGGACUCGCGCCGCUGGACAGCCUCGGACGACCGGGUCCGCGGCGGCGCGAGCACCUCCCACCUGACCGUCUCGCCCCGCCGGCCCACGGCGCGCUUCCACGGCCACCUCGACACCCAGACACUCGGCGGCGCCGGCUUCGCCUCGCAGCGCACCCGCGGCGCCCUGGCCCUCGACCUGCGCGCCUACGACGGCGUCGUCGUCUCCAUCGCCGGGCCCGCCGCCGCCGACGGCAAGCGCUACGCCCUGACCCUCAAGGACUCGCUCGAGCCGCCCCGCCGCGACGGCCGCGACCGCGCCGGCGUCAGCUGGGAGGCCGACUUUGUGGCUGACCGGCCGCGCGAUGUCAAGCUUGUGUGGAGCGACUUCAAGCCGACGUACAGGGGGAGGCCCAAGGAGGAUGCUGAGCCGUUGGACUUGGCGGGUAUCAAGCGGGUUGGACUGAUGAUGAGGAGCUUCUUUGGCCAACAGGAGGGAGACUUCUCCCUCGAGCUUCACGCCAUCGCAGCGUGGAAGAGGCGUCCUGCCGCCUCCGCGACGGAGUUAAGUGGACCCGCGGAAGACACGGAGGAUGACGAGGAAGAGGAUAUCAAGGCCGGUGCUGAGUCCCCGCCCCGUCAGGCGAGGCGCUCGCGGUGGAGGAGCUUGUUUUGCGGCAUGCUGUGA